AUGCAGCUAAGGGUGGGGUCGGAAUACGGGCCAACUUUCAACUCCGAGGACGAUCGCAAGACGCCGGUGUGGGCGCGAAACAAUGGCAGCAGUGAGGAGAGCGCUCCGCGCAAGCGGGCCCGCUUCGGGAGCCUGACGAACGGCAACGGCCCGGACCCGAUAUUGCGGGACUGCUGCAUACUUCCGUCGCGCGUGCGCCGCGAGCACUCGGCAGACUGCGGGGCUGCAGUAGCUCUGACUGGCAACUGCACGACAACCGACCGGCAGGUGGAGAUUUUCGAGCACCAGGCACAGAUCAUCAGGCUCGCAGGCAGUGACGCGUCACGCCUUCUCCUCGGCAAGGUUCUCGGGCGGGGAACGUUCGGGAAGGUGUACGGCGGGGUCCUGUGCGCGGGCGACACGCAGGACGCCGUAGCUGUCAAGGUGCAGCGCCGCGCUCUGGACGCUCGCGACUACGACGCGGUGCAGACCGGCGACCUCCGCGUACUGCACGACUGCACGACCGACCUGGAGCCGCUCGCUGACUGGGUUCCGUACGACCCCCUCCUGGGAGAGUACACGUUGAUGGUUCACGCGGGGAGCAGCGGGGCCCUCGACGCGAUCGCCGCGCCGAUCUGCGCCGGAAUCAUCAGAAUGAACGAUCAGCUGCAGAGCUGCAUGGUCAUGCAGCGCGUCGGGCCGUCCCUCGAUGACGCUUUCCCGAGAGGCAUUGCAGACUGGAGCGAGUGGAGGGACCUCGCGCUCGCCUCGCUCCGGGCGCUGCGAAGGCUACACGAGUGCUCGGUGUUCCACGGCGACAUCAAGCCCGCGAACAUCUGCCUCGCGGCGCCCGGGAGCAGGGAAAUCAAGCUGAUCGACUUCGGGUUCGCCGGGACCGUCGACGAGGACCCCGACAGCGGCAGCAUGACCUUCUUUGGGACGCCCGCCUUCAGUGCCAUCGACUACCUGCUCGGAGGGGCGCCGUACAGGCUGCUUUACGACGUCGAGUCGCUCGCGUACGCUCUCUUGGACGUCCAACAGAGCCGCGGGCUUCCCUGGGACAUGGACGACAUGCUGCGCAGCUUCGACAGGAGGGGCUGCCCUUGGACGAUCGACGACCUCGCGCAGGCGGCGGACGCAAAGCAGGAGGUGCUCGACGACCCGUGUUCGCGUGCGGAGCUCCCGGCGUGGUUCAUUGCCUUUACUGACAUGGUGCGGGCGGCAGCCUGCCUCCAGGGGAAGAAGCCGCUCACCAGGACGCAGAUCAACGCGCUCUACGCGAACCUGGCGGACAUAGUGUCGGACAACAGGCUCAAUACAACGUUCUACAACGUGUCUCCGUGGGCGAAGGACGCCGCGAACCGGGGGGUGAGGGCGAUGUUUGGCGUGGGCGAGCAGGUGGGGUGGUCCGCCUGA